UUCGAGCUCUGCAAAGCCGUGCGACAAUGGUGACGGCGUUGUUGGACGAAGAAACUGCGAAGAAAGUGAUUCGACAGGUGGAGUUCUAUUUCGGUGAUAGUAAUCUUCCAAGAGAUAGGUUUCUCAGCAGCACCCUUAGUGAGAGUCAAGACGGCAUGGUUAGUUUGGCUUUGAUAUGUUCAUUUUCUCGGAUGAGAAAUCAUCUUGAUUUGGGAGACACUAAGCCGGAAGAUGUUUCAGCAGAUACAGUGAAAGCUGUGGCUGAAACUUUAAGGACAUCUUCAUUCCUAAAAGUUUCUGAAGAUGGGAAGAAGAUUGGUAGGACUACAAAACUUCUAAAGCCAGAAGAGGUAAUGGAGCAAUUAAAUGUAAGAACAAUUGCUGCAUCACCACUAGAGUAUGAUGUGAAGCUUGAAGACAUAGAGUCUUUCUUUGGUCAGUAUGCGAAGGUUAACAGUGUGAGGCUGCCUCGCCAUGUUGCAGACAAAAGGUUGUUCUGUGGCACUGCUCUGGUUGAGUUCUCAACUGAGGAAGAUGCUGCUAAUGUUUUGAACCUAAGUCUGGUUUACGCAGGUGUUGAAUUAGACUUAAAACCAAAGAAGGACUUUGAUGCAGAGAGAGCGAAGCAAUCAGAGGAAGUUGAGAAUUCCCGUUCCCAUGCAUCAUCAACUCGUAAAAACAAUUCAAAUGUAGAAGCAAAUUACCCCAAAGGCUUAAUCGUUGCAUUUACCUUGAAAAGCAUCUUGGCUGAAGGUUCUGCCGAACAAAAUGGCAUUCAAGAGCUGGCCAGUGACAUUGUGGAUGGUCGCAAAUCAGGUGAAACUGAUUCCACGGAAAAUGAUACCAAAAGUACGGAACAAAAGGUGUCAGAAGAUGUUAAAGACGAUGAAGAAAACAAUGGGGAGAAUGUUGAGAUGAGUGAAGAAAAGGGCGAUGAGAAAUCUAGUUUGGAGCCCGAAGGACAGGAAAAUGGAGAUGGAGAGAAAUCUCUCGACAAUCCCAUUCAAAAGGACGAUCAAGCAACAGGUGAAAAAAAAUCAACAGCUGAGUUAUAUAAGGACAACAAAGAUGUCGUUAUACGUGAGGAUCUGAAGAGUGUCUUUCAAAAAUUUGGCACUGUUAAGACUUCAAGAAAAUCUAUCAGAGUGAAGGCACCAGUUAAGCCACUUGUGUCCCGGGUGGGACAGGUGAAGAAGCAGUACAGGUUCAGGAUUAUACAGAAAUCUGAGAGCACCAGAAGUACACAGAGCUAUCGAUCCGAGCGUUCCAUUGACCGAGGCUGCACGGGGCAAAGGGCAGAGCCAUACUCUUCCAAUACUAUCCCUUUGAAGCCAGCCAUCCAAGCACGCCCAACGUUUGGAUGGCCUUUUACUUCUUUUAUUGAUUUCCAGUUGGGGUCAGAUUCAGGAUAUAUACGGUUUGAAGAUGCAGAAGCAGCUCAGAAAGCACGUGCUGCUGCUGUGCUUGCUGAGGAAGGUGGUCUGGUUGUUAAAAAUUUUGUUGCAACUUUAGAUCCUGUAACUGGUGAAGCUGAGAGAGAGUAUUGGAGUCUGCUUCGUUGCAAUCAGGAAAGAUUUGGGGGAAAUAAGGGAAACCGGGGAUGGGGAGGAAAGCACAAUAGAGGCAGGAAGCAUUUUAAUGGGAAGCACUCACGCUCUAGGGAGAAUGAUUCUGGAAGUCGUCCAAAUAAGAUUCAGAAAGUUGGAGCUGCAUAAGCUAUUAACCAACCACCUAUCCCUUUUUGUGUCUAUUUUUGUACGCCAUUCCCAUUUUUGUGCACAACUACUGCGUUCUUUAUCGAGGUUCAUGUAGAGCUAAGUUAAUCAAUGUAUCCAACAAUAUGCUAGCGUUUCUUCUUAUCCUCUGAAUGUUUUCAGGUUUUCUCUUAUCCUCCUCGAUAUUUUCAGAUUUAUUUUUGUGCAUUCUGUUGCUUUACCCAGUUAACUUGGC